AUGAGUUACAGGACGGCCCGCAAGCUGUCGACGAUCUACAUAGUGAGCGACGCGCUGAAACUCACGUACGUGCUCAUGUCCAAGUCAGGCUCGUCCACGAUUCGGGACAUGAUGGGUACCAAAAACGCCGCGAAUCCCAACUGGAACUACACGGUGUUCACCGUGGUGCGGGAUCCGCUGGAGCGGAGCGUGUCUUGGUUCUUCGAGAUAGAGUGGAAGAAUCAUAAGAAGAAGUCAGGGGCAUUGCAGGCCUUCGACAAUGCGACCGCCAAACUUGCCCGGACGAAAGGAGACCGUGGUCAUGGUCAUGGGCAGAGGACCGUUUUCCUUCCACCUGGACAUUCUUAUGAUUUCGUGGGCACACUUGCAACCAUCGCCACAGACUGGGCUCAGCUAGGGGAGCUGCAGAAGCAGCGUUUCGGCAUCGUGAACUGGCCCCAAGUGGUCCCUCGCCAACGUGACCCCCACUCAUCAUAUGGAGAAACCCUCGACGUGGCCACGCUGCCAGUCAGCCUCAAGCAGCGAGUGUGCAACAUUUACCGGGAUGACUACUGUUGUUUCCACCUCCCUGUGCCAGCCGCUUGCCGCGUCGAUUGUGCUGGUGGACUCCCGCAGCGAAGCUAUGACCCGACGUAG